CCCGCGGGACCGGGAUUUACGGGACAGCCAGCGAAGAACAGACUGGCCGUCGGAGACGCCACCUUUGUUAAUGUCAUUCAUAGUAACGGCAUUCCGCCCAAUGGUGUGCCAGGACUUCAGGGUUUGGGUGAUUUGGAAGCUUUGGGAAACAUUGAUUCAUACUUUAAUGGAGCUGUGCUCAACUUGUUGCUGUGUAGUCAUGUCAGGUCUAAUAAUAUUGCUAUCAAUGACCAGUCCUACGGUCAGAGCACAGGUUGUCAGCCCAUUGGCUAUCACUGCACCUCUUAUGAGGAUUUCAUGAAUGGUCUUUGCGGUGAUUGUGGAUCCGAUAGCAAAGCCUGUCGACCAAUGGAAUUGAAUUUAGAUUAUUGGGACAAUAAAAACAAUUGGGAUAUAAUUGACACAAAUAAUAAAUUUUACAUCAAUACAGGAGACGCGCGUCAGUCUGGCUAUUGUUUGUCUCACUAUCAGAUUGUGGUAAGCAGUGGUCAAAGCACUUGUUCCGGUAGUUUAGAGAUACAGCUCUCAGAUGGAAGUAAUGUGAAAAUGUCGUUAAAGAGUAAAAAUCAGAUUCAAACUAAUGAUGGUAACCAACAUUACGCUACUCUCCAUACGGUGGCCAACCCUUUGCCAAUCACUACAACCGCUACCAUUAAAUCCCAAUUCGGCACUAAUUGUGUUAUAAAUGAGAUUAGAUUUAAUUUCAUGAGUAACAUUAAUGAAAGUUCACACAUGCCUGGAAUAUAUUUGCCCAUUUGGCGGUUAAAGGAGACGGUCAAGCUGUUAACUAAAGUGCCCAUAAAAACGCAAUCAGACUAUUGUUUUGGCAGAUAUGCCAAAGGGUUUGACGGUUUCAUCAAUAAAGCGGGUCUUUUACCGCUCGCUCCCAACCAAAUGGACGUUAACUUUAUGUUAUUUACGUGUAAAAACAGAAAUGUCAAUUCAAAUCUCACUUAUCUCUCCACAUCGGAUGAGUGGAAGGCCGCCGGUUAUGAUCCCAACAAAUUCAAAGACCUAUGGCUGGAGCACUCGUGUGUGAAUGUUAUAGCCGUUGAUUGGCAUAAACCGGCCAACGCUAAAGACUACGUGCAUUCGGCGGCCAAUACGAUGACAGUCGGGCAUAUGAUUGGAUGUGUUAUUAAUAGACUGACCACAGAGUUGGGCGCAAACGCCCAAAACUUUCACCUCCUGGGCCACAGUCUGGGCGGACAUGUAGUGGGCUUUGCGGGCAAAUUUGUAAAGAACCCACAGAUCGGUCACAUCACAGUCGAUGAUCCCGCGGGACCCGCUUAUAGCGGGGAACCCCCGCAAUAUAGGCUCGACCGGACAGAUGCCACUUACGUGCAAGCGAUACACACCAAUACACCGCCACCCAAUGAAAUACCUGGUGUUAACGAUUUUGGAAUAAUGGAUAGUAUUGCUGACGUGGAUAUUUAUGUUAACGGAGGUAGCAAACAGCCGGGUUGUCCCGAUUUGAAUGAAUUUGAAAAGACUAUCUUUAAGGAUAUUGCGACAGAUCGAUCACAUUUAGGCGAAGAUUUAAACAACAAGGGCUUUUGUAACCACCAGCAUUCCAAUUUCUACGCCCUCAACGACCAGUCCUAUGCGAACAGUCAGGGCUGUCAACCCAUAGCC